AUGUCGAACGCCAACACGGCUGGCUCGAUCGCCCGGCUCACCCGUGAGCUCAUGAGCGCUCAGAAAGGCACCGACCUUUCUAUCGCAGUCGCUUUCCGAGAAGGCGAUGUUCGCAAUGUCCGUGCCUUGAUCGUUGGUCCUCCAGAGACUCCGUACGAGUUUGGCUUCUUCGAAUUCGACAUGAAGUUUGGCAAGGACUAUCCCAUAAAGUCUCCUACCGUACGCUGUAUUACGACAAAUGGUGGCAAGACUCGUUUCAACCCCAACAUCUAUGCUGAGGGUAAGGUCUGCCUUUCCAUCCUCGGCACAUGGCGUGGACAGCCGGGUGAAGAGUGGAGCAGUGCACAGGGCCUCGAGAGUGUACUACUGAGCAUACAAUCUCUAAUGAGCUCCAACCCAUACGAGAACGAGCCAGGCCACGAGACGGCGAAGAAGGAGGAACCAAACCCGACUGCCUACGUCGCCAAGAUCAGACAUGAGACCCUUCGAAUUUCCGUCAUCCAGCGACUGGAGGCUCUGCUUGGAAUGCAACCGGAAAAGACCUCAGAGCCUGUGCAUAAGAAGCUCAAGCGUACUGUCACUGGGUCAACACCAUUCGAGAAUUCGCCAUCGCCUAGCGGCAGCGUGUCCUCGGCCGAUACCACGACACCAUCGACAGAACCAGCAGCGUACGAGUACGACGCCGAGGCCACUUUCAACGCUCUAGACCUGACCCAAUGGGAUCCAUUUGCAGAUCUCAUGAAACGUCGAUUCCUCUGGUAUUACGACGCAUACUUGCGAAGUAUCAACACCUACGGCGGCGAACAGCGAGACGGCACUGCGUUCAAGAGAAUGGAGUUCGAGUACCCACCGAACAGCAUGGAAGGCCACUUCGACUACAAGGGACUUCGGGCACGAGUUUUGGCCAUACUUGAGAAGCUGGAAGAAGAGAAGAUGGGUUGGGAACAGAAGGGAAUGAAGCAAGUUGAAGACGCCACACAGCUGGCUACUCAACUUGCCUUCCAAUUCAAGCAACUACAAUACAAGUGGAACGAAGGUCAGUACAGUGGCCCUCGACUGGAGUUGAACUUGUCAAAUCCGAAGAAUCCUUUCGUAUGGGAUCUCACACUUCUCGGCGAACCCAUGACCGACCUAGAUGGCGGCAUAUUCAACAUGAAGCUGCACAUCUCGCCCACCUUUCCCGAGACACAACCUCGUGUCACUCUGCAAGUGCCAAUGUUCCACCAUCGAGUGAGCAGCAAUGGCAACCUCUGCUAUUUCCCUGCAAAGCCUGAUGAGAUUUCUUCGCAUCUCGAGGCUGUCGUCGGAGCAAUUGAGGAUAAGAAACCAAACUACGACCCUCGCGCCAUGGUCCAUCCCGAGGCCUUUGAACUCUACUGGGGCGGCGACGACAAGCGCAAGGUCUACAACCGCAAACUGAGACGCAGCGCCCAAGAAAGCAGUGAGUUCAUGUGA